UGGCACGUCAAACACGACAGUCAGCACACUGCAAGGCUAUGGUGACUUUCUCCCUUUGUGCAGGCAGUCCAGGGUCCGCUACAUAGGGUCAGGCAACCAGGCAGUCAGGUGGCGGCAACUGCCCACGCCAGACACGCUCCCAGGUGAAUAGACUCCCAGUGCGGAGCGAGGAUAUCUCUACUGAACACCGGCGCGUGGAGACAGACAGGUUGAGUGUACUGCAUUGCUGUCUCUAAGGAUUUACGCUCCGGUGAAGUGAUUCCGCAGUGCAUUUUGGAAAUAAGGGUCCUUCAGGAUACAAUGGCGGGGUGGCGGGGCACGGCGGCGGUCCUUCUGGUCCUGUCCCUCGCGAGUGUCCCGCCCGCACGCCCACGACCCAAUCCCUCCUUCAUCCUGCCCCACCAAGCCAGGGACAUCAUCACCACCACCCCCUCCCCGGAUGGUUGGUCGCUCAAGGACACAAUAGCGCGCAUGGACGACUUGUUGCAGCGACACAACGACUACAACGACGUGAUGCUUGAGUCUGGAGAGGAGGACGACCAGCUCUCACGGCUGUUGUACAAAUUGCAACACGGAGACAGGGUACGCGAGGGCUGGUAUGACAGAACCCUACCGCCGGAGCUUGACCCGGGACUGGAUCCGCCUACCACCACCACGCGCCGCCACUCCCGCAGAAACAGGCGACAGCACAGGCUCGCCGCCACCGCACUAAAUGAGACCGCGACACAAGUCCUCAUCCGUCAAGACAGAAAGGCCAAAAAGAGUAUGAAGAGGAGAGAGUCGCGUGGAGGAAGAGGCAGAAAGAAGCACCGAGGUAAGAGCUGGGAGAGACGCUGCAAUGGUGGGAAAUCAAGUCGUCAGUCAGGGAAGCACCGCAGCAAAGAGAAACACAAACAUAAGAGCCGAGAGAAACACAAACGUCGCAGCAAGGAACGUUGUGUUACAGAAAACACUUCCACCAUCACUUCCGCUACUUUUACCACCAGUACUGCUGCAAUGUCCACCCAGAUGCCACCUAAACCUUCUCCAACACCGCUCACCUCCACUACCACCCCUGUGGAAGGUGGUGGUGGUGGUGGUAUUGAUGCCUCUUAGUUAUGAGGAUGAUGCUGAAUUUUUACCAUUCUAAUGAACAUCACACAAAGAUCACAUAUCAUUGCUUAUAUAUGAAUUCCAACGGCUUCAUUGCUUCCUAUGUAUAUUUAAGUAAAUUAUUUACAAAGAAAA